AUGCCCUUUGCCCUGAAGAACGCUGGAGCAACAUAUCAAAGGUUGGUGAAUCAGAUGUUCGCCAAACAGAUUAGUCGGACUAUGGAGGUUUAUGUCGACGACAUGUUGGUAAAAAGUGUUAGAGCGUCCGACCACAUCAUUGACCUUAGAGAGACCUCAAUCCUCCGAGAGUACCGUAUGAAGCUGAAUCUCGUCAAGUGUGCCUUUAGAGUCGGUUUGGACAAGUUCCUCGAUUUCCAAGUCAGCCAGAGAAGUAUCGAGCAGUUGAAGGGUCACAAGAAGGCCAAGUGGACCUUAGAGUGCGAGCAAGCCUUCCAGCAGUUGAAACAAUAUCUAGGUUCACCUCCCUUGCUAUCGAAGCUGGAAGAGGGUGAACUCCUAUUCCUAUAUUUGGCGGUCUCUGCCUCGGGCGUCAGUUCUGCACUCAUCAGGGACGUUGGGGGUAGACAGCACCCCAUCUACUAUGUGAGUAAAGUAGUGGUACCCACCAAGACUAGGCAAAUCCUUCAAAAGCCCGAGGUGUCAAGUCGACUGAUUAAGUGGGUGAUAGAACUCCGGGAGUUCGACAUUCAAUAUCGUCCGGAAAUUACAAUCAAUGGCCAAGCUGUGGUCGACUUCAUAGUAAAGUUCACUACCUCGGACGCAAAAGAGGCAGACGCGAGCGCGGAGGCAGUUCCCGUGCCCCUGCUAUCUCCCUGGCGUAUCCAGGAUGCAGAAUCGAAGCAGAAAUGGAUACUUUAUGUGGACAAAUCGUUAAACUUUGAGCGUGUCGAGGCAGGGAUUGUCCUGUUGGUGCCUGAUACAACCUUCAUUCAGUAUGCAAUCGGGCUCGGCUUCAAAGCCUCCAACAAUGAGGCAGAAUAUGAGGCUUUAUUGGCUGGACUUCGACUAGCAGCCAGUCUGGGGGUUCAAUCUCUCAAGGUCAAAGUUAUAAACAAGGUUAUCAAGCACCAUCUCAAGACAAAGUUAGAAAUAACGAAAGGCAACUGGGUAGAGGAGCUCUCAUUCAUUCUAUGGGUCUACAGGACUACAACUCAGUCGUCUACUGGGGAGACCCCAUUUUCACUAUCUUACGGAUCGAAGGCGAUCAUCCCAGUCGAGAUCGACCUCCCAACAGCUCAGGUCAGAAACUACCGGGAGGAUCAGAAUACCGAGCAGAUUGCGGCAAACCUCGACUUACUCGAGGAAGUCAGAGACGUCGCCAAACUCCGAGUUGCUACUCAGCAUCAGCAGGUGGCGUGGUUUUAUAAUUCCAGGGUUAAAACGAGGCGGUUCCGGCUAGGGGACCUAGUCCUCUGCCGCGUCUUCCAGAAUACAGCAGAUCCGGGGGCUAGGACACUCGGAACAAAUUGGGAAGGGCCUUAUCGGGUGGUCAGGUCAACCAUGCCGGGCUCCUACCACUUAGAAGAUCUCAGAGGGCGUCAGCUUCCUCACUCCUGA